GCGGUGGGUGACUCUGGUUUGUCCGCCCCUCCGUCCCAUCCACCUCACCCUCUUCGGAUCAAUCCAACGUCAAAAUUGAUACUCGAGAUAAUUAAUUGUCCCUCACCACUGACGAAAAUCCGGGCGUUUGUCAUGGACACCCCCGGUAGACCCACACUCGCCCAGCAUCCGGGAAUAGUGUGCGAUGGAUGCGAUAGGAGGCUUCUGGGCCCCCGAUAUAAAUGCGUGCAGUGCGCAGACUACGACCUGGUAACUAACAGAACACUUUUUACCCACCCACCCGAAAACCCUCCCCCCCCCCCAACUAUAUAUAUAUCAUAUUAUUAUCAUCAUACACAUACACCUAAAACUAAGCGCGGAGAAUGAAAUGGAGGGAGAAAAACUUAGUGCGCAAUCUGCGAGAAUGAACUCUCUGAGCAAAAAUUCCACCCCACCGGUCAUAUAUUCGUCAAGAUUAGGAGUUCCUCGGGCCCGGACUUUCCGGAAAUGGCCUUCGCGGGGCCGAUAAUCCCCUCGGCGCAUCCACUGCCCCGGGCCGUCGUCGGUCACGGUGUAGACAUGGUGGCCGCGGUCAACAGCUUCGGCUUCAACUUGCACAGAGCCCUGGAUGGGCAGACCAUCUGCCCCGCGAACGUCUUCUCCGCACUGCUUAUGGCUGCGAACGGCGCGGGUGGUGGUACCCUAGCCGCGAUCCUAAAAGUUCUGAAUUUACCGCUGGUCGGUGUUGAUGAGCUUCUCGGCCUGAACGCGCAACACGCGCAGCUGGAGUCACACAUUUUGGGUGGGGCGGGUGGGGGGGGGAUGGAUGUCAAGAUCGCUAGUUCGAUAUGGUACCACCGAGGCCUCCAGCCCCUCCCGCGGUUCGUGGAGACUAUGAGAGCGUAUUUCAGCAGUUCCUCCGGGCCCAUCGAUGCCGCGGGGAUCAACGAGUUCAUCCGUGCCAGAACCCUCGGUAGGAUCGCCACGAACUACAGCCCCGCAUCAUUCAAAGACUCCACACUCGUGCUCAUCGCCUGCUUCUUCUUCAAAGCCGCUUGGGAAAUCCCGUUCGUGAGGGCCGACUCUCAGAGUUCAAGGUUCAGGCACUUCUCGGGAGGGUACGAGUACUACACACGCAUGCACCUGACGGCGCACUUUGACUACUUGGAGGGCGAAGCCGUUCAGGUCGUCUUUCUGAAUUACAAAGCCCCAACGGAAAAUCCGCACUAUCAAUGGGCCGCGGCGGUACUCCUCCCCAAGUCGCCAACCAGAAUCGCCCUGCAAGAGGUCCUGGGGUCCCUCAACCCCGACUCUUGGGCCGAGUUACGUAAUAAUGUGCGCAGGGCGAAAGUCCGCUUGUCCCUCCCUCGCUUCGAGAUCCGCGAGGAGAUCGACCUCACCGAGGUCCUGACACAGAAGGACUCCCCCGUCGAUAUUCGCCCUGCUUUCGCCAGCGCUGCGGAGUUCCCUGGAUUCAACGGCACGUCUACGAAGGUGUCCAGCGUGGAUCACAUGACCCUUUUGAAGGUUGACGAGCUGGGGUCCGAGGUUGCGGCGGCGACGGUUGUUAGGACGACAUUUGGUGCGGCACAGGAGAAGGUUCAUGAGAUGUUUGUGGAUAGGCCGUUUUUGUUCCUGGUUUUUGAGAGGGGUUCAGGGCUGGUGGUUUGCUCUAGUCUUGUAGAGAGUGUGCAAAGGCCAGAUAUC